CGGCGGCUUCUCGUUGCCAUGGCAGCGACGGACGCGGCCUACCGCUCUUCCUCUGGCUCCACCCGGCGAUGGACGUUUACCGGCCGCGCUAUUACACCCCGAAGGAGGUGGAGGUGCACAACCGGCCCUGGGACCUCUGGGUCUCCUACAUGGGGCGGGUCUAUGACCUCAGCCCCCUGGCCGAGGCCUACAAGGGUGAUCUCUUAUUGAAGCCUAUCCUAGAAGCAGCGGGGAAAGACAUUAGCCACUGGUUCAACCCCAAAACCAAAGACAUACAGACACACAUUAACCCUCUAACAGGAUGCCUUAAGUACUACACCCCACAAGGUCGCUUUGUGCACAUCCCACCUCCUCUGCCUCGUACAGACUGGGCCAAUGACUUUGGCUUGCCCUGGUGGAGAGAUGGCAACUACGAGGUGGGCAUCUUGUCUGCCAAAACCAGACGCAUACGGAUCAUCAACACUCUGACCUCUCAGGAACAUACCCUUGAGGUCUGUGCAGAGGAAUCCAUGUGGGAGAUCCUUCGGCGGUACUUGCCCUACAACGCCCAUGCAGCCAGCUAUACGUGGAAAUACGAACGCGUCAAUCUAGACAUGGAUAAGAACCUGCAGCAGAACAACAUUCCGGACGAGGAUGAGGAAUUCUACAAUCUCUACAUGGACGCUGAUGCCUUCACCCCAGCCAUCCUGCUCUACUUCAACGAUGACCUCACUGAGCUCUAGGGCCUGCUCUUGUGAUUCGCUGUCCCCGGCAUGCGGCAGAGGUUGCAGGAAUCGAGAGAAGCAUUGUCUGGCUUCACAGACUUUCCCACAUUGUGAUUUUUGCAUAGCACACACAUUCCCUUACAACUCAUCAAGGCAGCUUAGUUACUCAGAUAGGAGACUUACUGGAAUACUGAGGAAAGAACCCUGGGAGGAGGGUGAAUAGUGGAAGGAGUCUACAUUUGGGGGCAGGAGGGUUGUCGCCCUUCCUCUGCUAAAAAACCUUUUGAAAGAAUCUGUGAGAGCUUCAGUAAAUGUGUUUCUCAGUCAGAAGAACACCCCCAGAUUCUGUGUUUGCAAAGAGGGCACACCCUGCUUUUCCUCCAUUGAUCAGGAAGGCGUUUCCUCUUGGCCCACCUUGGAACUGGUUACCCAGAAGUCAGCAACAGAGAUGGAAAAUGGCGUUUGUGAAAAUUCACUCUAGACUUGAGAUGAUGAAGCUGCUGUAUUUCAGGGAAACUUUCUGGAUAGGAGGUGCCACAGAAAAAUUAAAGCCUUUUAUACAAAGCGGACACAUUGCUAAUAUUGAGGGAGAAACGGGAACAUGAGAGUCAACAUGGGCUUGAUCCAGUAUGAGGCCUGUACAAGGGCACUCUUGGGCCAGUUGUCCCACAUGCCUGGAGUUUGGUAUUUGCUGGAAAUGAAGGUGUACCAAAAAACGAUAAUUUCACAUGAAUGGACUCCUGGAAAAGGAUUUCACCAACCUAGACUUAGGAGCAGUUUAGGACGUAGCCACUAGAUGUCAGCAGUGGCGCAUCAAGCAGCCAUUUUGAGGUCUGUACCGCAACCCUUGAAAUGGUUUUAAAUAUAGAAUAAUGACUCUAACAUUCAGUGGUUGAUUAUUCUGCAGGGUCAUAGCCAAUGGGAGAAGCACUGCUGCUGCUUUCCCCUAUUCAUUUGGAGCAGGACACAUGCACCUCCACUCGCCUUUCCCCACAGCCUUUUGAAAUUCAAACUUUGUUAUUAAGCUUACUAACAUCCUCUGGCUGGGUUUUUUAAAAAUUUGUUUUUGUUAAAGAUUUUCUUGGUUUACAAAAAUA